UGCCCAGCAGGAGAUUGAGAUCAGUCGGAGGGUGACUCUGGAGGAACUGCCCCCUGUGCUGGUGCUCCAUCUCAAGAGAUUUGUUUUUGAAAAGACUGGAGGCUGCCAGAAACUGAUCAAGAACAUUGACUACCCCGUUGACCUGGAAAUCAGCAAAGAUCUCUUGUCCACUGGAGUGCGUGGCAAAGUUGUGAAAGGCCAAAGAACGUACAGGCUCUUUGCAGUUGUCUAUCACCAUGGGAACAGUGCGACAGGCGGUCAUUACACCACGGAUGUCUUCCACAUUGGUCUUAACGGCUGGCUGCGCAUCGACGACCAGGCAGUGAAGGUCAUCAAUCAGUACCAGGUGGUGAAGCAGACUGCAGAGCGCACCGCCUACCUGCUGUACUACCGCCGCGUGGACCUGCUGUAGACACACACUCACACACACCCACUCACACACACUCACACACACACACCCAACACACGCGCAAGAAUACCCAAAUAUACGCACACACUAAACAUACAUGCUCCGAAUGCACUCGUUGACAGGACAGUACAUCUACACGUGACACAAACACACAUGAAACUAAUGAACAGGAACACUGCCCAACUUGUUCUCUUGCAAGAUUUUCCUCUUCUUCCCUCCUGUCCCUGCUUUCCUGAGAACCAGCUUUUCCAACACCUUUUUCCCCCGUCUCUUUUUUUCUUUCUGGAGGAAGAGAAACAAGCUGCAUUCACGAAGAUUUCCCUGUGACUGCUCUCUCUUCUCUGUGCACCACUGCUGUUUUUUUUUGUUGUCCUUUUUUGUUUUUACUUUUAAAGCAGCAAAGAAAGGACUGUUGAAUAGACCGAGGUGGGGUUGGGAUUACAUGUUAGGACCUGAGACUCUCCUCUGAGUGAGCUCACCGAGCACACAGUGGACUCAACGCAGGAAGAACUCUGUACCACAGGCUGCGAGUGGACCGCUGGGGUAAUAUCUCCUGUCAUGAAUGACCUGUUUUAAGGGAAUUACCCAGAAAUAUCAGUGUUCGCCCUUAAAUAAAGGAGAUCUGUUGGCCUGAUAUAUUUGCAGCAGUUUAAAAGCCUGUUUGAUUUUGCCCUCAUGAAUUUAAAGGCCCAGCACCAGCAUUAUCGUGAGUCUCUCCUCCCAAGGCCAGAUCGUCGUCUUUGCCACCAACAAAAAAAACUCUGCCAUUUCCUCACUUUUAUGAUGCUUUUAAAUCAAGGUACAACUUGAGCCAUCAACAACAGGAGAAAAAAGAAAGAUGGUACAUCAAGAGCUGAACAGCGUCCUUGUUUGAGAGGUCCUUGGUAUGGUAUUUGGGUUUAGAUGUAGAAAGAAAAUAUUACUGCGCUUUAGAAUUUAAUAACAAAUACGCUUCUGUGCACAAAGUAUAAACUGAUUGAGGAUUACGAUAUGACAGGCAAAUGCAUAUUUUACAAAUAUUUAGAUUAAAAUGUUUAAAAGAAAACAAUAAAAAAUAUGAAAUCUGACUGAAAACUUGCGUGGGUCCCUAAAGGACUGCGCUAGUUUUCAGACUCGGUUAUUGCACUGGAGAAAUGGCAACCAAUCACAACAGAUUCCACUGCAAAACCCGCCCUUGUUUACUUUGUACAUUUCCUUCUCUGAAUUCUUUUUUUGUCUUCACGUGUUUAAAGGUUCCACCUGUGGAUAGGUGGUUUAUCAGUGUAGUUUUGAGCCUCACCACCCCUCUUAACCCCAACUCAGCAGAAAGCGGGGGCUGCCUUAGGUUCAUUGUGUGAUGUUUUUCCACUCAGUGCACAAGUCUAACCCUAAUCAGGCGCCAACCGCAAGUCUAAUGUCUGUGACGAGUUAGGGGAAUGUACCUGACAUCUUUGUAUUUACUCUUUUGUGGCUCAGCAUUUCCUCCUAGUGGAGGGAACCUGAGUGUCGAGGGAUGUGGGACUACAUCUAUGCUAAGCUCUGCAAAAGAAAAACCCAGACAUGUGCACAAAAGGAGAUAGUGUUUGCUUUGUUAAAGAUUUUUCUUUUCUUUUCUUUCUUUCUUUUGGAUCAUUGAUUGUGAUGAUUUCUGUUUGAGUUACUAAAAUGUUAGUUUUUAUUUUGUCAUGGAUCAUUGAUUGGAUUUCCCGAUGCUCUCGCUCCCUUCAGAAAAAAUAUGCUUGCAUUUGAAUUGGUGUUUGAAAAUUACACAGGCUAAAGCACAAUAAUGAAUAAAAUUGAACUAGUUCUUUGCUUGAUAUUUA